AUGUCUGAUAUUGCAGGUCCAGAUCCAAGUGUAAUAAAUCAGCACAAGAAGGCACCAUACCGCCUUAUUGUGGAUGAUAUUCAGAUCAGUGAUAACUCUAUCAUCAUGCUUAAUCCAGAUAAGAUGGAAGAGCUCGAACUUUUCAACGGUGAAACAGCCAUCGUUCACGGCAAGAGAAGGAAAGCUACACUCGUACUUGUCUGCUCCGCUGAUACAUGCGACGUAGGCAAAGUCCAGAUGAACAAAGUCGUUCGUAAGAAUCUCGGUGUCCGCCCAGGCGAUGUUGUUUCCGUUAAAUCCUGCGGCGAUGCCCCAUACCUCGAGAAAGUCUCAAUCCUUCCAUACGCUGAUACAAUUGAAGGUCUCAAGGGUGAUCUUUUCGAAACAGUUCUUCUUCCAUACUUCAAGGCUCUUUCCCGCCCAGUCCGCAAGGGAGACUCCUUCACAGUCGAUGCUUUAGGCCGUACCUUCGAGUUCAAGGUCAUGGGAGCCGAGCCAAAGGAAUACGGUAUUGUUAUAGCCCAAACAAACAUUUUCACAGAUGGUGAUCCAAUCCCACGUGAAGAUGAUGAUCCAAAGAACGAUGUUGGCUACGAUGAUAUCGGUGGCUGCCGUAAGCAACUUGGCCUUAUCCGUGAGCUUGUUGAGCUUCCACUCCGCCAUCCACAGUUGUUCUCCAACCUUGGUAUCAAGCCACCACGUGGUAUUCUCUUAUACGGUCCACCAGGUUGCGGUAAGUCACUCAUUGCUCGUGCCAUUGCUAACGAAACAGGUGCCGCUUUCUACCUCAUCAACGGUCCAGAAAUCAUGUCCAAGAUGUCCGGUGAAUCCGAAGGCAACCUCAGAUCCAUCUUCGAGAAGGCUCAGGAAACAUCCCCAUCCAUCAUCUUCAUCGAUGAAAUCGACUCUGUCGCUCCAAACAGAGACAAAGCACAGGGUGAAGCCUCUACACGUGUUGUUUCUCAGCUCCUUACACUCAUGGAUGGUGUCAAGUCUCGUUCCAACGUCAUUGUCAUGGCUGCUACAAACAGACCAAACGCCAUCGAUCCAGCUCUUCGUCGUUUCGGCCGUUUCGAUCGUGAAAUCGAUAUCGGUGUCCCAGAUGAGGCCGGCCGUCUCGAAGUCCUUGGCAUCCACACAAAGAGGAUGAAACUCUCUGACGAUGUCGAUCUCGAAGUCAUCGCUCACGAGACACACGGUUUCGUCGGCGCAGAUCUUGCAUCACUCUGCACAGAAGCAGCUAUGUUGUGCAUCCGUGCUCGUCUCGAUCAGAUCGAUAUCGAAGACGAUGAACUCGAUGUCAACAUCCUCAACGAGAUGAAGGUCACAAUGGAUGACUUCAGAUCCGCUCUCAAGAACGCCAACCCAUCAACACUCCGCGAAACAGUCGUCGAAGUUCCAAACAUCAAGUGGGCAGAUAUCGGUGGUCUCGAGGAUGUCAAGCAGGAAUUGCGCGAGACAGUCCAGUACCCACUUCAGUUCCCAGAUCUCUUCGCUCGCUUCAAGAUGGAUCCAUCCCGCGGUGUCCUCUUCUACGGCCCGCCAGGUUGCGGUAAGACACUCCUCGCCAAGGCUGUCGCUUCAGAGUGCUCAGCUAACUUCAUCUCCAUCAAGGGCCCAGAGCUCCUCUCCAUGUGGGUCGGUGAGUCAGAAUCCAACGUCCGUAAUGUCUUCGACAAGGCUCGCCAGGCUGCACCAUGCGUCUUGUUCUUCGAUGAACUCGAUUCAUUGGUUAAGGCUCGUGGCUCAACACCAGGCGACUCCGGUGUUACAGAUCGUGUCAUCAACCAGUUACUUACAGAGCUCGAUGGUCUUGAGGCUAAGAAGUCUGUCUUCACGAUCGGUGCUACAAACAGACCAGAUAUCAUCGAUCCAGCUAUCAUGAGACCAGGUCGUUUGGAUCAGCUCAUCUACAUUCCACUUCCAGAUCUCCCAGCUCGUGCUUCUAUCUUCAGAGCACAGAUGAGAAAGAACUCAGUCAACGCCGACGUCAACUUCGACUCACUCGCUCAGGCUACAGAGGGCUACUCCGGCGCUGAUAUCGGUGAAAUCUGCACAAGAGCUAAGAAGAUCGCUCUCAAGAGAGCUCUCGCUCCACACCAGAGAAUGGAAGAGGCAAGAAUGGCCGCCAUCGAGAAGGGUGAGGCCGUUCCAGAGGAAGACCCAGAUCUCUACACAAUCAAGCGUGAAGACUUCGAGCGCGCUUUAGUCGGUGCUCGUGCUUCCGUUUCUCAGGCAGAUAUCUCUCGUUACAAGCACUUCGCUGAACAGAUGCAGGUAUCUCAGGGUCUCCCACCUUCACUCAAGAAUGAUCAGAGACGUGCUCAGGGCGGUGCCCCAGCUCCAGGAAUCCAGUCUCAGGAUGACGGCUUGUUCCCAGAAGGCAACUAA